GUAUAAAGAAUAAAAAAGUGUGAGUUUCUAGGAUCAAUCAUCAAUGGAGGAAGGUGGGAGUAGUCACGACGGAGAGAGUAGCAAGAAGAUAGGGAGAGGGAAAAUAGAGAUAAAGAGGAUAGAGAACACAACAAAUCGUCAAGUAACUUUCUGCAAACGACGCAAUGGUCUUCUCAAGAAAGCUUAUGAACUCUCUGUCUUGUGUGAUGCCGAAGUUGCCCUCGUCAUCUUCUCCACUCGUGGCCGUCUCUAUGAGUACGCCAACAACAGUGUGAGGGGAACAAUUGAAAGGUACAAGAAAGCUUGUUCCGAUGCCGUCAACCCUCCUUCCGUCACCGAAGCUAAUACUCAGUACUAUCAGCAAGAAGCCUCUAAGCUUCGGAGGCAGAUUCGAGAUAUUCAGAAUUCAAACAGGCAUAUUGUUGGGGAAUCACUUGGUUCCUUGAACUUCAAGGAACUCAAAAACCUCGAAGGACGGCUUGAAAAAGGAAUCAGCCGUGUCCGAUCCAAAAAGAACGAGCUGUUAGUGGCAGAGAUAGAGUAUAUGCAGAAGAGGGUAACAACGUUUCUUCCAUUCCAAGAAAUGGAGUUGCAACACAAUAACAUGUACCUGCGAGCUAAGAUAGCCGAAGGUGCCAGAUUGAAUCCGGAACAGCAGGAAUCGAGUGUGAUACAAGGGACGACUGUUUACGAAUCCGGUGUAUCUUCUCAUGACCAGUCGCAGCAUCAUAAUCGGAACUAUAUUCCGGUGAACCUUCUUGAACCGAAUCAGCAAUUCUCCGGCCAAGACCAACCUCCUCUUCAGCUUGUGGGCACCAUUUGGAGGUAUGUGAGCGUCAAAUCUUCAAGUUUUAAUUCGGGGUUUAGGUUUCUCUUAGUGGGUUAUACGGCCAUAGCCAUGACGACUAAUGACUUGGAAUUAGCGAUAAAGGAUGCAAUCACCGCGGAUGAUCUUAAACGUGUGGAUCAAGAAAGUAAAGACCGUUUGUUAGCUCCGGAGGAGACCAAGCUUGAUCUUGAUUCCUUGGAGAAUCCUCCUCGGAUAAUCCUCGGAGAAUCCUCAACCACAACUCAUACCUAUCGGUUAUACUCCAAGGGUUUGGUGAGUGAAGAGCUCAUUAAGGAUGAUACAAUGCUGGUCGUUGGUUUAGGUUUGUUCCUCUGUGACUCACACGAUAACACGAAACUGGAGAUUAGUAAAGCUCUGAGAAACCAAAAGCUGGCACACCCAGAAGCUGCGGAACUGGCUGCCAUCAUUCACGGCUUGAAAUGGGCCUUGGAACUUGGUGUGGAAAGUAUCCAAUUCUUCUGUGACGACUCCAAUAUCUUGAGCUACGUUACUCGUAAAGCUGCACCGAACGAGUCCAUUGUAGCAAAACUUUUGGAGCAAGUGUCUCUUCUUCAGACAAGAUUCACGUCUUGUCAGGCACUUGCUGUAAGCAGAGACAUCAUCUCUGUUAUUAAGCUAGCAAAAGAUGCUAUAGCUUCCCAAACUAGAUGGUGUGAAGGCGACACCGAGUAUGAGAGUUGUCCAGUCUGCUACGCUUACGUUUCGCCUAAUGAUAAGUUUGAGGUGCACGGCUGCUUCCACCGCAUCUGCGUUACGUGCAUGAGGAAGCCGUUCUCAUCCGAACAACUACUACGAGGGGACACAGCAAUCUGCCCUUACCCGGAUUGCGAGAAUGAUCUUGUGCCAGAGGAUUGUAGAGGUUUUGCUGAUGCUGAUGCUAUUACUCUUAUGAUCCAGCGCAAGAAGGAGAAGGCGAUCCCCGUUAAAGACAGAGUCUAUUGUCCCAACCCUUCUUGUUCCUUUUUGAUGUCGGACCUCGACCUCAUUAGGCACGUACGCAAUAAUCCUCAGCAGUCAGAAGCACGGAAGUGCAUGGAGUGCGGCUUGUCUUUCUGCAAAAAAUGCCAUGUUCCAUGGCACUACAAGAAGACCUGCGAUGAGUUCAAGAAGUCGGAGUCUUACCUGAAAUCUGACGCGGCGCUUUUGGAGUCUUUUGUGAAGACAGAGGGAUGGCAAAAGUGUUCCCAGUGUCAGAGCAUCGUUCAACAUGGUGGCGGGUGCAAACAAAUGACUUGCAGACAUUGCAAACACGAGUUCUGUUACACAUGUGGGGCUGCGUGUAAAAAGAAGAAACUGACAUGUAAAUGCUCUCGUUCAGGGAAAUAAACAUCCAAGGUUUGACUAUUUAGAUCAUUCCAAAUAGUUUCUUAUAUAACUUAUAAGACAAGAUGACUUGUUUUGAUGAUGUUGAAGAUAUUAGUGAUAUGCUACUGUGUGUCUAAGAGCCUACUGAAUUUUGUGUGAAUACUCUAGUUUAGAGGAAAUGAGAACAUAACAGUGAUGAGCUUAUGUAGUCUGUAGACACUAAAUGCAAAACCGAACAAGUAUGUGAUGCAUAUUCAUGAAUUCUUGAACCUUGAGCUGAUCUUCUAAUGAACUAUAUUUACAUAC